UGGACCCAUAAAAGGGGUCCGAUCCUUCGAUCCCUCGAUCCCAAGUCCAAACUCUCCCCGUCCUUAGGCGUAUAAAAAAAACCUCUGUCGGCCUUUUCAGAUCUAAGAACCGAAAAAACAGAGUAAAUUACAAAAUUUCCUUCUGCGGAACUCAAGCUUACUGAAAAAGAAUUUUAUUUAAUUUCUUUCUUGAUUAAUCUCUAAUAGAAGCAAAGCGGAGAGACGUGUGUAAUUAAAAGAAAACAAGAGAAAAUUCAGUGCGGAAGAUUCAAAGGCAAGGUAGAGGAGGCUCUCUCUUCUCUUCUCUUCCUCAUGGCGCUGGCCUACAUUUCUUGAAUUCUUCUUUUCAUCGUCAUUUCUUCUUUGCAGUCCCAACGCCCACAUCCAACUUGUUUGAUAGAGACGUUUUUAUUUGAAGCAAUUAAAUCACUGAAUAAUUUGGAAAGAGAAAUCAAAGUGUUUUAAACGUAUUUCUGUUUGGCUUCCAGGAGAAUGGGGCUGAUUUCCGGGAUGUUGAUGGGGAUGAUCUUCGGGAUUUCAUUGAUGGCGGGCUGGCGUCAUAUGAUGAGGUACCGAAGCACUAAGCGAAUCGCAAAGGCAGCUGAUAUAAAAGUUCUUGGGUCUCUUAACAGAGAUGAUCUGAAGAAAAUUUGUGGUGAUAAUUAUCCUGAAUGGAUAUCUUUCCCUGUCUAUGAACAGGUGAAAUGGCUAAACAAGCAAUUGAGCAAAUUAUGGCCUUCUGUUGCAGAGGCAGCAUCAGCGGUGAUUAAAGAAUCUGUUGAACCACUCUUGGAAGAAUACCGACCUCCAGGAAUAACUUCACUUAAGUUUAGCAAAUUGACUCUUGGCACAGUGGCUCCCAAGAUUGAAGGUAUUCGUGUUCAGAGCCUUAAGAAGGGUCAAAUCACAAUGGAUAUUGAUUUCCGGUGGGGCGGUGAUCCAAGUAUAAUUUUAGGUGUUGAAGCAGCCCUUGUUGCUUCAAUACCAAUUCAGUUGAAGGAUCUUCAAGUUUUCACUGUUAUUCGUGUCAUCUUCCAACUUGCUGAAGAGAUCCCUUGUAUUUCUGCUGUAGUUGUCGCUCUGCUUUCCGAGCCAAAGCCUAGAAUUGAUUACACUCUGAAGGCUGUUGGUGGAAGCUUAACAGCAAUUCCUGGAAUUUCAGAUAUGAUUGAUGAUACUGUGAAUACAAUUGUCACAGACAUGCUUCAGUGGCCGCAUAGAAUCGUUGUUCCAAUUGGUGGUAUACCGGCCGAUACAAGUGAAUUAGAGCUUAAACCAGAAGGAAAGCUGACAGUUACAGUAGUCAAAGCUAAUGAUUUAAAGAACAUGGAAAUGAUUGGAAAGUCAGAUCCUUAUGUGGUUGUGCACAUUCGACCUCUCUUCAAGGUUAAAACAAAAGUCAUUGAUAACAACCUGAACCCUGUUUGGAAUCAAACAUUUGAGUUGAUUGCAGAAGACAGAGAGACACAGGCAAUAACCGUAGAGGUUUUCGAUGAGGACAUUGGGCAAGACAAGAGACUAGGAAUUGCAAAAUUCCGUUUGAUCGAACUGGAACCAGAAACACCAAAGGAGGUUAAUCUCAGCCUUCUAUCCUCGCUCGAUACACUUAAAGUAAAAGAUAAGAAGGACAGAGGAAGCUGUACACUUAAGCUUUUGUACCAUCAGUUUAGCAAGGAGGAACAAUUGAUUGCUUUGGAAGAAGAGAAGACAAUCCUAGAAGAAAGAAAGAGAUUGAAAGAAGCAGGAGUUAUUGGAAGCACAAUGGAUGCACUUGAUGGAGCAGCGUCGCUGGUUGGAUCUGGUGUUGGUAUGGUGGGUACCGGUAUUGGUGCUGGAGUUGGGCUUGUGGGAAGUGGAGUUGGUGCUGGAGUUGGGAUCGUCGGGAGUGGCCUUGGAGCUGUUGGCAGUGGACUGAGCAAAGCAGGAAGGUUCAUGGGCAGGACCAUAACCGGGGGGCAUUCCAGCAAAAGAAGUGGAACCUCGACUCCAGUGAAUAGCAUCCAAGAAAAUGGUGGCGCAAAACCACUUUAA